ACGCGGCGCGGGGGGGGGGCACCGCCUCUCCGAGCAUCUCCGGCUCCGGGGGCGGCACAGCCGCAGCCCCGACCGUGGGCCGCCCCCCGCGCUGACAGCGCCGCUCACAGCCCCGCAGCUCCGGGGGGGUCUGGGGGUGCGGAGAGCGGGGCCCGACCGUCCUCCUCAUCUGUGUUUUUCAGCUCCCGGGAGAGUGAGGAAUGCGAUUCUGCCACCAUGAUGGAAGGACUGAAAAAACGUACAAGGAAGGCCUUUGGUAUACGCAAGAAAGAAAAGGACACUGAUUCCACGGGGUCACCGGACAGGGAUGGCAUUCCUCUCAGCCCUCAUCUCAAUGAGCCACCUUGCCAUAGCAAACCUGAGGGCACACAGGAGCAAGGAAAAAAUAACUCGAAGAAAACAAAUGGGGCCCCCAAUGGAUUUUAUGCCGAGAUCGACUGGGACAGAUACAACUCCCCAGAGCUUGAUGAGGAGGGCUACAGCAUCCGGCCUGAGGAGCCAGGCUCCACCAAAGGGAAGCACUUCUACUCCUCCAGUGAGUCUGAGGAGGAGGAAGAAGCCCACAAAAAGUACAACAUCAAGAUCAAACCGCUGCAGGCUAAGGACAUCCUGAAGAGCGCGGCGACGGUGGAUGAGCUGAAGGCAUCCGUAGGCAACAUUGCACUUUCUCCAUCCCCUGUGAGGAAAAGUCCGCGGCGCAGCCCGGGGAUGAUUAAGAGGAAUUUAUCCAGUGAGGAGAUUGCACGGCCUCGGCGUUCCACACCCACGCCAGACCCCAGCAGCAGGAAGCCCCCAGAAGACCCUGCUGCACUGGCACCGCUCUUUGGGCCCCCACUGGAGUCAGCAUUCGAGGAGCAGAAGCUGGAUGCUCCUCUGGACCAGCCCGAGAUCUGGGGCUCCUUCCAGCCCAACAGCACUGAGUCCCCAAAGCUGCAGAGACCUUUUCCAAUGGGAACUCCACCACCACUGCCGCCCAAGAACGUCCCGGCCACGCCGCCCCGCACUGCAUCACCCCUGACGGUGGCACCAGGAGGUGACCAGGCAGCCACGGAGGCCAAAAGUGACAAACCGCCAUCAAUCAAUGACUUGGACAGCAUUUUUGGCCCCGUGCAAUCCCCCAACUCUGUGGCUGCUCACGCGGAAAACAAGUGGGUCAAUUUUUCCGAUCCAUCCCCGGAAAACACGACGGCGGUGCCGAGGCCCCGGGAGCCGGCGGCGUCCCCCCCGGUGGCUACGGGCAGCCCAGGGGCCGAGCCGCCCCGCGCCCUGCCCUCCCCGCUGCGCCUCGACGAGCUGCAGAAGAAGCCUUUGGAGCAGCCCUAUGCGAAAGGGGAGAACGAGGAGCCAGCGGUCGCCUCACCCAAGGAAUUUGGGCCGGGACAAAGAGCCACCCCGCCGCCCCCUCCGCCGCCCACCUACCGUACGGUCGUGUCAUCCCCUGGGCCGGGUGCCGGCAGCGGAGCAGGAAGCCCCAGCGGCUCCUCAUCCCCAGCUCGGCCCGGCACACCACUGGCUGCCUGCAGCACCCCACCACCCCCACCACCACGACCCCCAUCGCGGCCCAAGCUGCCCCCUGGCAAGCCCUCCGUCGCAGACCUGUCCAGGCCUUUUAGCCCUCCAAUUCACUCAUCCAGUCCUCCUCCGAUAGCACCUUUAGCCCGUGCUGAAAGUACUUCUUCCAUAUCUUCCACCAAUUCCCUGAGUGCAGCCACCACUCCCACAGUUGAGAAUGAACAGCCUUCCCUCGUUUGGUUUGACAGAGGAAAGUUUUAUUUGACUUUCGAAGGGUCAUCACGGGGCCCCAGCCCGCUCACCAUGGGGGCACAGGACACCCUGCCCGUCGCUGCUGCCUUCACCGAGACGGUCAAUGCAUACUUCAAGGGAGCCGACCCCAGCAAGUGCAUCGUGAAGAUCACGGGGGAGAUGGUGCUGUCCUUCCCGGCAGGCAUUACCCGACACUUUGCCAACAACCCCACUCCGGCGGUGCUCACCUUCCGUGUGCUGAACUACAACCGGCUGGAGCACGUCCUGCCAAACCCACAGCUCCUCUGCUGUGACAGCACGCAGAGUGACACCAGCACAAAGGAGUUCUGGGUCAACAUGCCAAACCUGAUGACGCACCUCAAGAAGGUAUCGGAGCAGAAACCACAAGCAACCUAUUACAAUGUGGAUAUGCUCAAGUACCAGGUAUCUGCCCAGGGUAUUCAGUCUACUCCAUUAAACCUUGCAGUGAGCUGGCGGUGUGAACCUGCAAGCACUGACCUGCGCAUCGACUACAAAUACAAUACAGAGGCAAUGACCACACCGGUAGCUCUAAACAACGUCCAGUUCCUCGUCCCUGUGGAUGGAGGAGUAACCAAGCUGCAGGCUGUGCUCCCACCCGCUGUCUGGAACGCGGAGCAGCAGAGGAUAUUGUGGAAGAUCCCUGAUAUCUCUCAGAAGUCAGAAAAUGGAGGCGUGGGCUCGCUGUUGGCCCGCUUUCAGCUGGCGGAGGGUCCCAGCUCCCCGGCCCCUCUGGCUGUGCAGUUCACCAGCGAGGGCAGCACGCUCUCCAGCUGCGACAUUGAGCUCGUCGGCGCCGGCUACCGCUUCUCGCUCAUCAAGAAGAGGUUUGCAGCAGGUAAAUACUUGGCUGAUAACUGAAGGGAACACGUGGAAAAUAACGUGGCAAAUAAGCCAGGACUACAGUUGAGUGGAACGGGUUUUAAUUCCAGCUUAAAACGAACUAAAUCCUGCACUUGGGACAUUUCUGUUGGAAGUGUCGACGACUUUCAGCUUUUUUUUCCCCUCAGAAAACACCGUCUUGACCAGUCCUGCAGUAUUUACUUCUAGAUGUAACAUUGUUAAUGGUUUUAAAAUGUAAUUAUUGUAUUUGUAAAUGGUACUCAUUCCAGUAAGGCCGUAUUUUGGAAGUUAGACACUUGAGUUUUAGCCUUUUACCAUUCAUGAAAUGGAUGUAAUUCAAACCGUGGUAUAUAAAUCUAAUAGUAGUACUGUUGAAUGGCACAACGCUUACAGAGGUAGAUUACAUUUUGUCAAUAUAUACAAUUCAAAUACGGUGCGGAAAGCCGUGCUGGGGGGGUGGGUGCCUCACCAAGGGAGCUCCUUUACUCCCCUCCCACCCACAGUGUGUCUCAUGGUGGUGAAUAAAGCUCUCCAUCCUCAGGCUGCUUGAAGUGCAGAGCAGUAUUUGUGUGCAGGUGGAGCUCCCAGCUCUGCCCCGCAGUGGCACUGUGGCUGUUGGGGAUGCGUUCCCAUUGCAGGCUCUGGGUUUUUGGUUGCAUUUCCACCAUCCUUUGCUCGCUUCUUCUAUUCAUUUCCUCUGCUUUCUGAAGGCCCCACGGGUUUAGGAAGUGCUGUAAAGGUGUGCAGCGCCGUGCUUUUCCUUUUUACUCAUUAGGCAGGGAAAGGUGAUAUCUCUAUACCCAACUAUUGAGAGGUGAAGGCAGCCCAACCUGACCCUGCUCAAAGCACUGGCACUGGGAGCAGCGGCCUCAUGAAGAUGGGGAAACCUUCAAGAGCUGUGCAGAAGGUGCAGAGCUCAUUUCAGUGGGGGGAAAAGGAGAUGGCAACCCGUGCCCAUCCUAAGGGAAAAUGGGAAUGUCUGGAGCUGUUUCAGCUCUGGGAUGGCUCCUGGUUUGGGAUGUGCAUUGCAGGAUGGGAGCUCUGUGUGCCUGUUUGUACAGAGUGUGAGUGCAGAAGGAAAGCAGGACUGGGUUACCCAAAUCCACACAGCUUUGCAGAUGUGAAAGCAAAGCUGCCAGCAGUCCUGGCUGGAGCUCUGUGCCCUGCUCAGCUGUUUGCUCCCCUCCAAGAUGGAAAUGUGUACGAGAGCUGUGACCCACCCCUUCCUGACAUAGGGCACAAUCUGCACCACCAGCUCAUGCUGUGUACAAUUGUUAUAAACUCAUGCUUCCAGAGGGCAUCAAUGCCAUAGUCCCGAAAAUAGGGAUUUUAUAGUGUAAAUAUGACCAGAACAUAGAUACUUUACUUUAUAUUUCGUUUGAAAGAUGAGGUGUUUACAUUAGCAUUGGGAUUUUAAAUGCUUUUUAAGGAAAAAAGAUGGAAACCAAAUAACCCAAAGCUCCCGAGCUCAGCCCAGCUCCCCUCCUGUCGGUGCUGCUCACUGCUGGGGCCCGAACUGGUGCUGUGGGUCAGGUCCUUCGCAUGGUGGUGCUGCCAAUGCCCUGCAUGAGGUUUGGGUUCAUUCCUCGCUGUUGCUUCUCCACUGAAUGCUGCUCUCUGGUUCUGCUGCGGGGCUGCUGUGCACUCAUCCCUUAGCUCUGCUGCUUUACAAACCAUUCUGAAGCAUACCAUGACCAAAAUCGAUGGCAUUCGAGGAGACACCCAGGGUGAGGGAUGGGGCUCUGAGACCCUGCGGGGCUGUGGGUGUCACUGUUCACUGCAGGGAGUGAGACCAGAUGGAGACCAGAUGGCCUUUGAGGGUCCCUUCCAGCUCAGUGAUUCUGUCUUUCUAUGAACACCACUGCAUUGUACCUGCCCUACAAGAAAUGACUGUCUUAAAGACUUCAUUUCAUCACCAAAGUUAUUCUUUCCUUCUUUCCUUUCACAAACUGAGGAGGAAGGUGAUCCUUGCAGGGCUGAGGACUCCUCUGGCUGCAGUUCUCAUUCCUAUUUCACUGCAUAGAGAGACAAAGCCCUGUAGGAGCAGCUGGGCUCUGGCAGCUUUAGCAGGCGCUUGGACUGCCUUAUUGCUCUGUUAGACUUCUCUCUGUUGACAUGCAGGAAGUCACUAUGGAAAUGCCAUGCUGGAAUUUUGUCCAUAACCCACAUAGGCAGAUCCGAAACCCACCCACCCCUUCCUCCCAGCUCCAGCUCCACCCAGAGCGCUCUGUGGCUGAUGAAGAUGCUCAGGUGCUUUGGUAGCGUGCAUGCAUCCAAAUAGGAGCAGUGGUUUGGGAUGGGAACGGCAUCAGGGCAGAGGGGGGCGUGGGGCUGCUGAGCUCAGAGGGACCCCCAGCCGCCAAUCGGGAUCCCCAGGGCACGGCCCGACAGAAGCUCUAUCGUGAUACGAAAUCCCUCGUGUACAAAAUGUUUAUAAAUAUUUGUGGAUGAAGAUACACAGGUCUAUUUUUAAGAUUUAAGUUCAAUAAGUUAAUGAACGGCUGGCCUUUUUUUGCCUCGAUGUGCAAUGGGAUCUGUUAUACCCUUAGUCUCCGAUGGCCGAGGUACCGCUUCAGUCUGUAACAAAGACUUUGCUGCUCCCACAAUGUCCUCAGAGAAAAGCUAUGAGAGCCGUCCAGGUUUGGUGCCCACAGACCACGGCAGCAAAGCUUUGUAUUUGACCACUGGUAAUAUGAAUGUGUUGUAUUGACUUGUGGAAGAUAAUCAUGAGACAACAUAUUUUAACUGUUACUUGCCUUAUAGAUUAGGAUCCGGAGACGUGGAUAUCAUUUUUGUACAUAAUGUUUUUUAUAAAUGUUUUUCCUCCAUCCUCCCCAUCAUCCAUUCCACCAGAUCUCAAAUAUGCAAUUAUUUACCACGCAUAAUAUUGCAACAAAUAAACCCCCGCCUCAGAACAAAGUUUAUUAACCCUAUACAUGAGAGCCACACGAAACACCCCCUUUGGUUGCAAUUUAAAUGUGAUUUUAUUUUUCCCCGUUGGAAAUAAACAGGACCCAGAAAACACA